CUCUCAGCAUCACCACGGCGACAGGGUAGCCUCCCCGCCUUCAAAGACAGCCGCUCCACGCCUCGGCGCUCUAUUUGCUUUCAUCCAUCUCUCGGUGCUCGGCUUCCCAGAUUGCGCAGCGGCCGAAAGGAGAGGGCGCGCAUGCGUGGUUUCUGACGUCGUCCCUGGCGGAGCAGAGUGCUGUGGAAAGAUGGUGAAGCUGACGGCGGAGCUGAUCGAGCAGGCGGCGCAGUACACCAACGCCGUGCGGGACCGCGAGCUUGACCUACGCGGGUAUAAGAUUCCAGUGAUUGAGAACCUGGGUGCCACUCUGGACCAGUUUGAUGCCAUUGACUUCUCUGACAAUGAGAUUCGGAAGCUGGAUGGGUUUCCCCUGCUGAGAAGGCUGAAAACAUUGCUGAUGAAUAACAACAGAUUAAGCCGAAUAGGUGAGGGACUUGAACAGUCUUUACUAAAUCUGAAGGAACUCAUUCUUACCAACAAUAACAUCAUGGAACUGGGCGACCUAGAUCCCUUGGCGACGAUUAAAUCGCUGACUUACUUGAGUGUUUUGAGAAACCCUGUAACGAAUAAGAAGCAUUAUAGGCUGUAUGUCAUCUUUAAAGUCCCACAAGUCAGAGUGCUGGAUUUCCAGAAAGUGAAAUUGAAAGAACGUCAGGAGGCAGAGAAAAUGUUCAAGGGCAAGCGGGGUGCACAGCUUGCAAAGGAUAUUGCCAGGAGAACCAAAACUUUCAACCCAGGUGCCGGUUUGCCAACAGACAAAAAGAAAGCCGGACCGUCUCCAGGAGAUGUUGAGGCAAUCAAGAAUGCCAUCGCUAACGCCACAACACUGGCUGAAGUAGAGCGGCUCAAGGGGUUGCUGCAAGCUGGGCAGAUACCUGGCAGAGACCGAAAAGCAGGGCCUUCAGAUGAAACCGAAGAGGAGAUGGAAGAAGAUGCAAUGGCCAAUGGAUCAUGAGACAUUUUCUACCUCCGGAGGAUCUGCAGAAUUCGAUUGUAUAAUUGUUGGUCGACACGUUCGGGUGUGCUUAAGAGCCAAAAUAGUAGUGUUUUUCUUAGUUUUUUUUUUCCAGAGGCUGUCUUGGUUUAUUUAUACUGAAUCACAGCUUGUAAAUUUUAUACUGUACAUUUGAAGUAUAAAUAAAUGUGUCUUUCUUCGUGCAA